CCAAAGCGCUUUCUCUACUUCCUGUGCUCCUGCGAGACGCGCGCGUAGGGGAUUAACGCGUUUCUGGGCCGCCGUAAGCCCGGCCUAGGGGCAUCUCUGACUCGAGAGCCCGCUACAGGCGCAUGGAAGGUUCCCCGGAACGGGAGGCGCCAGCGGCGGCGCUGGCCGCCGUGCUAAAGCACAGCUCGACGUUGCCGCCCGAAAGCACCCAGGUCCGGGGCUACGACUUCACCCGCGGUGUGGAUUACCGCGCGCUGCUGAAAGCCUUCGGCACCACCGGCUUCCAGGCCACCAACUUCGGGCGCGCUGUACAGCAAGUCAAUGCCAUGGUGAGGACUGGGGCGGGACUUUUAGAACCAGUGCGGUACACUGUCCUGUCAUGUUCUCUGCAGAACCACAUCCCUGUGUUUAGUCCCGCACUUACAGACGGCUCGCUGGGUGACAUGAUCUUCUUCCAUUCCUACAAGAACCCGGGCCUGGUCCUGGACAUCGUUGAGGACCUGAGGCUCAUCAACACGCAGGCCAUCUUUGCCAAGGGCACUGGGAUGAUCAUUCUGGGCGGGGGCGUGGUCAAGCACCACAUCGCCAAUGCCAACCUCAUGCGGAACGGGGCCGACUAUGCUGUCUACAUCAACACAGCCCAGGAGUUUGAUGGCUCCGACUCGGGUGCCCGACCAGACGAGGCUGUCUCCUGGGGCAAGAUCCGGGUAGAUGCACAGCCUGUCAAGGUCUAUGCCGACGCUUCCCUGGUCUUCCCCCUGCUCGUGGCUGAAACCUUUGCCCAGAAGAUAGAUGCCUUCAUGCAUGAGAAGAACGAGGACUGAGCAGCUGCUGUCCCAGGAAGGUCUUACCCCUCCUCUAUUUAUUAAUGCGCAGACCCAGCCCCUCCCCUACUUUUUGGUCAGCCACGUCUCUAGAAUAAAAUGGUCUCUGCAGCCCUUCC